CUUAAACUUCCUUCUCUGCUCCCUUUUGGCUUUUGCCAUAGCUACUGAGCCUCAAAUCUCACCAGUCUCCAUUGACGACGACAACCUUAAAUCUCAUUUGGAGAUUCGUAGCCUCGCAGCGCAGAUGAUCAUGGAGGAGGACGAAGAGACAGAAACGUCGUCACAGCCGCAAACUAGGGCAGCCGCCUUAAACCGAGACCGAGAAGUAAUGUCAUCAAACACAACUACCUCGCCUACUGCAUCAACAGCAACUCAACCGCAACUCAAGCACGAGCCCGAAUUUGACGAAGAAGAGUACGAAGUUCGAGAGGAGGCACGUCCCCGGGCAGGGACAAAGCCAAAAAGGCGACGGCUGCAAAAAAAACAAGCCGCAACGGGGAGCGGUUCCAAAAUGGACGAGUUUAUGGCCCAGAUCAAAACAUAUACCGAGGUCAUAGCCCAAAUGGCAAAAGCGAAGGAACGUGAAGUGGAAGAACGGGUCAUAGCCCAAAGGGCAAAAGCGAAGGAACGUGAAGCAAAAGCGAAGGAACGUGAAGUGGAAAAGAACGUAUAUAAAGAUUGGAAGAUAAUGACAACCGAUAUAAACUCGUAUCCGGAAGAAGACCGAGCGAUUUUACGUGAAAUGCAAGAAAAGAUAAUGAAAAAAUGGAGUUCUUAGGAUUUUUGAAUUUUUUAGGUUAUGUUUUUUUUUUUUUUUUAAGUUAUGUAAUGUUUGUUU